AUUCCUGUUUCAAAAUGAACAAAGUCAAACUGCUCAGUGACAAACAGCAUAUUUUUUCCAUCUUCAUCGCCAUGUUGGCCGUGCUGAGUUCUGGACGGGCCUUGCCGAGGACAGACCCUCCCAUCCGCCCUGGCCACCCAUUCUUGGUCAUGUGGAAUGCCCCAACUGAGCUGUGCGACAUCCGUUUCGGCAUGCCACUCGACCUCUCCUACUUCCAGUUCAUCAGCAGCACGUUGAAGACUGCGACCAACCAGAGCAUCUCCAUAUUCUACAAAGACCGCUUCGGCAUCUUCCCCUACGUGGACAAAGACACUGGCGAGAUGUACGACAAGGGCCUACCUCAACUCAUAGACAUGCAGGAGCACCACGAACUGGCUGAGGAUGACAUUGAGUACUACAUCCCUGCCGACCAGCCGGGCCUUGCUGUGCUUGACUUUGAGGAGUGGAGGCCACAGUGGGUCAGAAACUGGGGCAGCAAAGACAUCUACCGACAGAUUUCCAUUGAAAUGGUAAAGAAGAAGAACGCAUCGUUGUCCAACGACGAGGCAGAGGACCAGGCGAAGAUCGUUUUUGAACACUCAGCCAAAAGGUACUUUCUCCAUUCCAUCCGCAUCGGGAAGAGGCUGAGGCCCAACAGACUCUGGGGUUACUACCUGUACCCCGACUGCUACAACUACGACUACAACCAGGACAUGGCGGGCUUCACCGGAGAGUGUCCCGCUAUCGAGAAGGACAGAAACGAUGAACUAGUGUGGCUCUGGAGAGAGUCAACAGCGAUCUUUCCAUCCAUCUACCUGGAGCUGGUGCUCAGAGACUCCCGGCAGGCCAGGCUGUUCGUCCGGCAUCGCAUCCAGGAGGCCAUGAGGGUGUCGAUGCUCCCCAACAACUCCUACUCAAUCCCCGUCUACGCCUACAUCCGGCCCGUGUACAAGGACAGUACCAAUGACUACAUGUCAGAGUCUGAUCUGGUCAACACCAUCGGAGAAGCUGCUGCUCUCGGCGCUGCCGGCGCCGUUUCCUGGGGAGACAUGAAUGUCACAGACACAGAGGAUUCCUGCUUUGAUGCUCGACGCCACCUGCUGCAGGUCAUGAACCCAUACAUCUUGAACGUCUCCACAGCGACGCAACUCUGCAGCCAGGCGCUCUGCCAAGGCCGAGGUCGAUGUGUGAGGAAGCACUGGGAGGACGACGUCUUCCUCCACCUCAACCCGCACCAUUUCCGGAUCCAGAGGCAGCGCCACACUGGCCCGUUAACUGUGAGUGGUGGCCUCUCGCAGGAUGACAUCAAAUGGUUCAACCGUAGCUUUGACUGCAUGUGCUACAGCGAGGAGCCGUGCAGAUCGGUCUGGACCUUCAACAUUAUCCAUGAGGAAGUCCUCAUCACGAGGGAUCGAGGUGCUGACCAUGCCUAGCCCCCUAGUGCUCGUGAUGAUACUGCUCUGUCUGGUGUAUUUCGUGAUGUAAAUCAAUCAAUGACACAAACCUGAUACCUGUAAUACAGGAUAUGUGGUUGCAGGCAGUUAGAGGACUGUUCCGCUGUUACUUGUUUGUUUUUUCAGCCAAAUCUGCCAGUCUCAUUUAUACAACUUGCUUUUGGAAUAUGCAAUAUACACUGAACAAUAUAUACAAAA